AGGGCGGAGGCCGCGCCAGGAGCGCGGCGGGGCUCGGCGUGCCGCGCUCCCGGCAUGUCCCUGUACCGCAGCGUCGUGUGGUUCGCCAAGGGGCUGCGCGAGUACACCAAGAGUGGCUAUGAAUCUGCAUCUAAAGACUUUGUCCCUUAUGACUUGGAGGUCCAGGUUCCUGGAAGAGUCUUUUUGGUCACUGGAGGAAACAGCGGCAUUGGCAAAGCAACUGCCCUUCAAAUCGCCAAGCGAGGUGGCACAGUUCACCUGGUUUGUCGAGAUCAAGCCCGAGCAGAAGAUGCCAGGGGUGAGAUCAUCCGGGAGAGCGGUAACCAGAACAUUUUUCUGCACAUUAUGGACUUGUCUGAUCCCAAGCAAAUCUGGAAAUUUGUUGAAAAUUUCAAGCAGGAACAUAAACUCCAUGUUCUGAUCAAUAAUGCAGGUUGCAUGGUCAAUAAAAGAGCGCUCACAGAAGAUGGACUUGAAAAAAACUUUGCUACCAAUACUCUGGGUGUGUACAUUCUCACGACCGGCCUGAUCCCUGUGCUGGAGAAAGAACACGACCCCCGAGUGAUAACCGUCUCCUCAGGAGGAAUGUUGGUUCAGAAACUGAACACCAAUGAUCUCCAGUCUGAAAGAACACCAUUUGAUGGAACUAUGGUCUAUGCACAAAACAAGGUCAGUGAGAGGCAGCAAGUGGUUCUGACGGAGUGGUGGGCCCAAGGGCACCCGGCCAUCCAUUUUUCUUCCAUGCAUCCUGGCUGGGCCGACACCCCAGGUGUGAGGCAGGCGAUGCCGGGGUUCCACACCAGGUUCAGGGACCGCCUGCGCUCCGAGGCCCAGGGCGCGGACACCGUGCUGUGGCUGGCCCUCUCCUCUGCCGCAGCCGCACAACCCAGCGGCCAAUUCUUUCAAGGUUCAGACAGUGCCCUGUCAAGGAGAGGAGAAGAACCUGGAACCGGCGCCAUUAAGGAUACCACAAAUCUUUUGGUGGCAAAGGAGAGCUUUUACUACUUGCCGUGGACUAUAUUCUAAACCAGCAGAAACUAAAGCAACCCGAGUGAUGGCUGCGGCGCUGAGCGCAGGGCUCAGAUUAGAUUCUUGCCUUAACCUGAAGCGGUCUGCAGGCUGCGGGAACUUACUCUUCAUCUGUGAUGGCCUCGUGGCAGCUGUCACAGACCCUCACUUCAAACUCGAAGCCCAUCAGGGGGAUGGAGGAGCGCUUGGAGCUGCACUUGCCGCAGACGGCCUUCCCACACUUGCGGCAGUGGUGCUGGAGGAGGGAGAUAAAAUAGAUGCUCAUCAUGGCUCCCUCAGCUCCUGAGGCCGCCGCACCUCACCCCUCCUGGCAAAGAGAGGUGUAAUCAACUGCAUCCAGGUGAGGAUGCUGAACAAGAGAGCCCCAGAACUAAAGGGAACACACUGGAUGUGUUCUUUUUUGGGGCUCUGUUUAUUCAACAAGGACUGUUGGGUAACACACCUGACAGGGACACCACCCCACUCUCCUGCUUUCCCUACUCUUGGUCCUUUCCAAUGAUCAUACUAGGAACUACAGAGGAACCACCCAGGGGCCAGGUGAUCUUAAAGCGGGGUGUCUGAGAAACUGCCAUCUCAGGAGAUUAUGGUGCUGGAUGAAGGAGAACAUGCAAGAAACCUGAUUCAAUCUGCUGACUUUGGCCAUGGUAAGCCUAGGUAACCUAACAUUUGAUUUCCUUGGGGAAAACCAAACAGAACCAUGGAAUCAGAUUGAAAAUGCUGUAUUAUAAGUAGAUCUAAAUAACUAAAAUUAAUCAGAAGGAGGGAAAGUAAAAUAAAGAGAGAAACACCACUUAUAUAAUUUCAUGGUCUGGUUUCCAUACAAACUAAGCAUGACACCUCUAAUUGUAAGGUGCACUGCAAUAGAGGCCACUAGAAUUCUAAAAUCACAUCCCUAACUGCUUACUGGGAACCAACCACUACAGAAACUGAAUCCAGUAGGAAUGAGCUAUGGUAGACAAACAGAGUAAAUUACUGUGUAAUCACGAGGUGACUCCAGGAUCAUAAUUUACCCUCACCACAACUCCCACCCAGGGGUGUUAUUUCUUCUAAGAUCACAUGGUUGAGCUAUUUCCACAAAAUUACAUUUUGAUGAAGCAUCCAUAUCACUCACCUGUCUUAGACCAAUUUUCUUACUGUCCCACAUUUGCUUGAAGUUCCAGAAGAAAGGCUGAUCACACUUUUGGCAGGAAUCACUGUCCAACCAUUCAGGGGUCUUGUCAAAUAAAGCACAGGACAGGUCACUGUGGCCAGCAGUCAGGACAAUGGAAACCACUGACCCCGAUGAAACUUAUGGAGCAAUCAGGAUGUGUUUAUAAGAAACACAGGUGUGAUUUCUCAGUCAAUCAUUCAAAAAAUAUUUACUGACUGUCUAUUCUGUGGCAGGCCCAGGGGAUGGGAUGUAGUGGUGAAUAAGAAUCUCCACCAUCAUGAAAAUAUGAUUAAUAAUUAUUUAGAUAAGCAUAAGUGUGUGAAGGCCCAAGAGGGAGAAGCACAGAGUGCUUUGGCAGAGGGAUCACAGGAGCCACCCAGGCUGAGAUUCUCAGACAAAUAAGACAACUGAGACCUGGGGAUGGCUGGAGCACAGAUGGGGAAAACGAGAGAUGAGGCUGGAGGGGGCAGUAUUAAUGUUUGUUUGUGAAACAAUUUCUCAAAUACCAGCUUAUUACCAUUAAAAUUAUGUAGUAAAAACAAAUAUUUAAAGACAUGGAACAUGUUCAAUAUAUAAUAAACUAACACAAAACCCCCAGGUUAUUAAAUAGUAUCAUAGCACAGAGUUAAGAGAGACUAGGAGAAGAUACUUAUAAAGUUUGUAACAAACAACUCCUGCAAAUUACUAUAUAAAAAGAACCCCUGGAAAAUCAAUAUGGAAAUAACAAGAAGCAGUUGAGAAACUGGCAGAAGAUACAAAAGAUAUGAGCAUGCAGUUCACAGUCAGGGAAGUCUGAAUGGCUAACAUAUACGAAGAGAGGCUCAAAUUUACUGUUAAGCAGAGAAUGCAAAUAAAAAUGAGAUACUGUUUUACCUCUGUCUCCAAAAGGGCAAAACCAGAAAGGGAGGGAAAUCACUAUUGGUGGGGAUGUGGGAUGUCAGAAAACUCCCUGUUCUCCAUUAGAAGUAUAAAUGAGUACAGCUGUUUGGUUAUUUAGCAAAAUCAAGAAUAUACCUUCAAUUGAUCCCACUCUUGGGUUUAUGGCCCUGAGAGUCUCACACAGGGCAGGUCUGUGAGGGGACACAUAUAAGAAGGUCAUCUGGGCACUGUGUGUGGUACCAGGGAGUUUGUGCCAGUCUACACGCCCUUUGCUUGGGAAACAGAGAAGUAAAACGUGAAUGGUACACACGAUGGGGUCCUAUGCAGAAGCACCACAAGAAACAGCAGGAUGGGAGAGCUCAAAAGGGUUCAAUGGCAAAAGCUGGAAAUAGAACCAGACUAACAGUACAUCAACUACAUAAACUUUUUUUUUUUUUUUUGAGACAGCCUUGCUGUGUUGCCCAGUCUGGAGUGCAGUGGUGCAAUCUUGGCUCACUGCAACCUCCGCCUCCUAGGUUCAUGCAAUUCUCCUGCCUCAGCCUCCUGAGAAGCUGAGAUUACAGGUGUCUGCCACCAUGCCUGGCUAAUUUUUUUUUUUGUAUUGUUAGUACAGACAGGGUUUCGCCAUGUUGGCCAGGCUGGUCUUGAACUACUGACCUCAAGUGAUCCAUGUGCCUCGGCCUCCCAACAGCUGGGAUUACAGGCGUAAGCCACUGUGCCCGGCUGAGUUAUGUAAACUUUAAAACACACACAGAGACACACACACACACAAACACACACACACACCUUUUAUAAGGAAGCAUGUGUGUUCAGGACACACAUCAAACACAUCAUAGUGGGUAUCUGUGAGGAGGCAUUUGAGAGUUAAGGACCAAUAAAGGGGAAAAAAUAAAUCAGCAUAUUUGUGCUUCUAUUUUUGGUUAAAAAAAAAAAGUCUUACACACGUGUUAUGUGUAGAGAAAAAUGUUAGGAAGGAUGUAUGCCAACAUGUUCAGAGUGAUAUUCUGGGUGGUGGUAGUAUGAGUAAUUGACAUCUUUUCUAUUUACUAAUGAGCAUUUUGUAACUUUUCUACCAAGAAUGUUAUAUACUAUACUUUUAAAAAAUGCUAAAAGUUAACAAAACAAAAAUGGAUUUCAUUAACUGUAUAAAACACCUGCUGAACCUAUGCGAUGUCACUCGAUCUACAUCCAGCCACUCAAGGUCUUCCAUUGUCUGCCCUUAUCUUUCAGGUAGCUGCCAUCCUCUCAUCUCUGACUGCUUCUCUAAACCGCUCAUGAGCGUUAAUGCACCACAUCAACCUAUCGUGUUCACCUUGUCCUUACUCUUGCUGUUUCUUGGCCUGCAAAGCCCAUGUGCUCCUGCUCAGAGCACAUCCAGACUCUGUUGAUCCUUCAGCACAAUGUUCCUCCCUCAAUCCUUCACUGGGAACAUUAGCCAAUGAUGACUCCAUCACUUCUAAAAUACCCAGCGCUGAUGCUCUAGCAUAUAUCAACUAUAAUUUCAUCAUUUACACCAUUUAAUAGAAUUCUGAAGUUUCCUCCUACAAGCCUUUUCUUCCAGAAAGUCUGUCAGUACUUCAGGUUAGAGAUGACUUCAAUAUAUGUCACAGACCUCCCAAGGUGAGCAUCACACAGCACUUAUAACCACGAAGCAGCUCCACAGAGGCUAAGAUUAAAACAAAAAUCUCAGGAAAUUUAUGUUUAUAAAAAUGAUACUUGUAAAAAAAAUGAAUGGAACCAUCUCCAUUGCUUAUUUAGAGUGUUGACUCACUGAAUAAGAUUUUAAAUUAGUCAACAGUAUUGGGUGCCUCUAUAUCUGUGUAUCAAUAGGCUCAUAAACAAGGUUGCUCAAAGAACUGCCCAUCAACCACUUGGUUUCAUCUCUGGACACCACACUGUUAUCCUCCUUUGGCCUCUGUCCAUAAAGGGUCCAGGCUACGUGCACCAAAGGAAAAGAAUUGGGUCCUUCUCCCCUCCCCUGGUUUGGUUAGAAGGGCCCAGAAAGAAGUCAGGACAGACCAGGUGUGACUGUCCCUAACCCAAAGCAGGCUACCAUGCAGAACCCAACUCAGGACAUAAUCACCAGCCAUGCGGGAACAUGGUUAGCAUAACCGGCACUCAUCGCAACGAUCCCAGCCUUUGUAUUAAUGGUGCCAAGUAUAGUUUUCAAAAGCAAUGUUCUACAAUUCCCCACCUUCUGACAGUAAUGAUCAUUUUGAUUAGUUACUAACAGAAGUCCUAUGGACUUAAGAUCUGAGCAAAUAAAGCUUUAAUCUUCUUAAGCAUAUAA